UUCCUUAAUUAAUACAAAUGCUUUAGGAUUUAAUCUUGGUUGUAUUGCAAAAGGAUCUCUCAUCCAUUCUUUCUUCCUAAUAAACAUAUGAGAGGUGACUUUCAGUUACAGGUACAUUAUGACCACAUUUAAAGCCAAUUAACUCUUCUGUUUUACAAAGAAAGUUUCAGGAUAGCAUUUCUAUUGAGAGCUUUGGGCACAAACCUUUAUUCAGCUUUAUUUAACUUAGUCAUCAAUUAUUACUGAGGAAUAAAUGAGUUAUUUGAGAGGGAGCUGUCAGUGGAGCCUGAACUAUCUUGUUUGGGUUAUGAUGCCUUCAGGUGCAAAUCAUAUUUGAAAUUACAAUAAAACAGAAUAUGUUUUGGUAGUUUUAAUUUUUCUAAAUUAAUGAACGUUAAAGAAUAAUGUUUUUGUUUGCUUGUAGGCUUGAAACAAUGAUUUAAUACAUUAAACUUAUGUUUCUACUACAGAAUUAAUUUGACAUUUAAUCCACUGCCAUCUUAAAAAUGCAUUUUUGUUUUAGUUUGCUAAAAUUAGGGCUUAUUAAUUUAGAAUUAAGGAAACAAUUUUAAAGUAAAAAAUAUUCACCAGCUCAUGAUAGAAGAGGCGCUUACUCAACAUUCCUGCUAACAAUGAAUCAAGUGAAUUUCCUCAACUGACGCAGCUGAAAUGUAGGAGUCUGAAUAUUCCGGGCCGCACUUGAAUGCAGCAGCGCCUAACGUCUCGUGCCGCCAAAAGCACGUUCAAACCGCCGCUUUGGCUCCUCCUCCUUAGAACGUAUAAAUACACCCAAACGCACCAUCACCCUUCAUUACAGCCUUCAGCAACCGAUUCUUCAACGUCGGCCGGAAGGAAAAUCAGACAACAAUGCGUGAGUGUAUUUCUAUGCAUGUCGGCCAGGCCGGAACCCAGAUGGGCAAUGCGUGCUGGGAGCUCUACUGUCUAGAGCACGGCAUCCAGCCAGAUGGACAGAUGCCCAGUGAUAAGACCAUCGGAGGAGGAGAUGACUCCUUUAACACCUUCUUCAGUGAGACUGGAGCUGGAAAACAUGUUCCCCGGGCCAUCUUUGUGGAUCUGGAGCCAACAGUCAUUGAUGAGGUCCGGUCAGGACAAUAUCGCCAGCUCUUCCAUCCUGAGCAGCUGAUCACCGGCAAGGAAGAUGCAGCCAACAACUACGCCCGUGGUCACUACACUGUUGGAAAGGAGAUCAUUGACCUCGUCCUGGACAGAACCCGCAAAUUGGCUGACCAGUGCACAGGACUCCAAGGUUUCCUCAUUUUCCACUCCUUUGGAGGAGGAACCGGCUCUGGAUUCACUUCUCUGCUGAUGGAGCGUCUCUCUGUAGACUACGGCAAAAAGUCCAAGCUUGAAUUUGCUGUUUAUCCAGCUCCCCAGGUGUCCACUGCUGUGGUGGAGCCCUACAACUCCAUCCUUACCACUCACACCACCCUGGAGCACUCUGACUGUGCCUUCAUGGUAGACAACGAGGCCAUCUAUGACAUCUGCCGUAGAAACCUGGACAUUGACCGUCCCACCUACACCAACCUCAACAGGCUGAUCGGACAGAUUGUGUCCUCCAUCACUGCCUCACUGCGCUUCGAUGGAGCCCUGAACGUAGACCUGACAGAGUUCCAGACCAACUUGGUGCCCUACCCCCGUAUCCACUUCCCUCUGGCCACCUAUGCCCCAGUGAUCUCUGCAGAGAAGGCCUAUCAUGAGCAGCUAUCUGUGGCAGACAUCACCAAUGCUUGCUUUGAGCCUGCAAAUCAGAUGGUGAAAUGUGACCCUCGUCACGGCAAGUACAUGGCCUGCUGCCUUCUGUACCGUGGAGACGUAGUGCCCAAAGAUGUCAACUCUGCCAUCGCCACCAUCAAAACCAGGCGCACCAUCCAGUUUGUUGACUGGUGUCCCACAGGUUUCAAGGUUGGUAUCAACUACCAGCCCCCCACUGUGGUUCCUGGAGGAGACCUGGCCAAGGUGCAGAGGGCUGUGUGUAUGCUGAGCAACACUACAGCCAUUGCUGAGGCCUGGGCUCGACUCGACCACAAGUUUGACCUGAUGUACGCCAAGAGGGCCUUUGUUCACUGGUAUGUUGGAGAGGGGAUGGAGGAGGGGGAGUUCUCAGAGGCCAGAGAGGACAUGGCUGCACUGGAGAAGGAUUACGAGGAGGUGGGCACCGACAGCGUGGGGGAUGAGGAUGAAGGAGAGGAGUACUGAGCUCCCCAAACAUCUGUAGCUUGCUGUGAUUUUCCUGAAGUCCAACUGUUCCAGAAAGUUCCAUGUUAAUGUUUUGAGGUCCACCUGUUAAAGAAAGUUCUCCAUGGUUGCUAAGUUACAUUGGACUCAGACUCAAAGUCUACAUUCCAUUGAGCUACAUGAGUUUCCUGUUUUGGUUUUUAUUUGUGCAAACUAAUAAAAACAAUUUAAGUCUU